GGGGGGGGGAAGAGGCAGACGCUGAGAAAUAACAGGGACUUUGUGACUGUAUAUCCCUGACUUUGCCCCAGUCUUUAUGAGAAACAAGAGAGAAGCCUUUCUGUCUUUUCCCUGCCUCUGUCUCCCCUCCCCCUACACACACACACACACACACACACCAUAGCAAUAUCUCCACUGUUAUUGGCAUUUAUCCUACAAAUGACUGCUUGAAUGCAGUGUGGUGCCUUUGGCUUCAUCUGAUGAGUGCAGCCUAGGAAAGGCGAGCUGAAGAAUCUGGCAACUGCUCCUAGAUGAGAGAAUGGAAGAGGGGAGAGAGAGAGAGAGGCUUGACGGUCCUUCUACAUAAGCAAAUUGCCAAUAAAUUAUGCAGGUUUCCUUGGAAGUGAAGUUAUACGUACAGUCAAUGCAAGAGCCAGAGCACAGCAGUGCAGUCUCAACAUCCUCGAUUCUACUCUCUUGUGCACAAACCGGAUAGUUCUCUACCGUCUGUCUUUUAUUCCUUCACUCACUCUUCUGUAUGGUUUGGAUUUUGUGGAGUGCGGGAGGUGAAAAAUCAUCAUCAUCAUCACAUCUGAAAAUUAAGGGAAAAAAAAAAAGAAACUGCCGGAUUCUGGUGUCCUGUGGGGAAGAUUGAUAGCCCUUUUGGAAUACUAUAACGGCAAGUUGGAUGGGAUUACAAAUAUGAAACACAACUGGUGCUGAAGCUUCGCCUGCUCGAUCAAAGGGCUGAAAUGAGAUAGGCCUUCCUUAUUCUCCUAGGAAACCUUGCUUAUUCACGGAAACACAUAUUGGAAGGAUUUUUAUGUUCCACUGCAUGUUGUACAGGGGGAUCUUAGGAAGCACAUCUACAGCAGGUUUCAGUUGUGUCCUUUUCUUUGGAUCUGCAGGCACUGAUCUUUCUGUAGAUGAGCCAGGAAUCUACAAACAACCACUCAACAAUAGAGAGAAAACUCUGAAUAAUUAGAACGGUGAACGAGAAUCUAGAACCGAAUCUUGGAUGAAAAGCAGUCAAGAAAAUGCCAGCAUCUGCUGAUAAUGGAUGGGCCCAGUUAUCCGUGUCACAGUGGAACCUUUGUUGGCAGUUCUCUUGAAGAAAUGCAUCUGUUUCUAAAUUUCUUUUACUUUUUAAUUCCCUGACUCAAAGUAAUUAGUUCCAGAGCCUGGGCCAGCAAUUAAACAACAUCUACAGCUUAUUUCCACAGAUGGAUUUCAGCCAAAAGAUACAUUAGAACAUUAGCUUUUCAUGUUUCGUACAGUAAAAGAAGCAGCUGUAGUUUGCUUUCAACGACAAAAUCCAAAAUGGAGAGAAGAUGUUUUCUAAUAUGAAAUGCUGAGCAGGAGACCUGUCUUAUAUGAAGGUUAAUAUCUUUGGAACGCUGCUAAUUGAUGGCAAGGAAUAAUUAAACCUAGACUUUUUAGGCCUACACAGAUAAUCAAUUGAACCAUUUAUUGUGUAAUUAUUUUCUUCCAGUAAGAAGCAGUCAAAAUGUGCAGACCUUAUGGCUAGUUUAUAUUUUGAUGAUGGUUAUUUAGCUUGUUCAGGGUCACCAUUGGACCCUUAUUUAGUUUUGUGGGCUCAGUGCAAUGAGUGUGCUCAAGGCUCUUUGUGCCUUACUGAAAAGUUCUAAGUUUUACUUUUGUGGACCUCAAUAUUAAAGAUUCCCAACACACACCCUACUAAUGGCUGCCUUGAAAUUAUAGACAUAUUGAUGAAAGCCUGUAAUUAAUUGGAAACAAGAAAUCUUCAAUCUCAAGAUGGUGCUGCCAUCUCCUGACAAACGUCAUGUGUGUCUUACAACAAUCGUCAUCAUGACAAGUAUGGCAUUUAUGGAUGCCUACCUGGUGGAACAAAAUCAAGGACCAAGGAAAAUUGGAGUGUGCAUUAUUGUGCUUGUUGGUGACAUUUGUUUUUUAAUUGUUCUUCGCUAUGUAGCUGUUUGGGUUGGAGCUGAAGUAAAAACAGCUAAGAGAGGGUAUGCCAUGAUUUUAUGGUUCUUAUAUAUUUUUGUGUUGGAAAUCAAGUUAUAUUUUAUAUUUCAAAAUUACAAAGCUGACAAAAAAAAUGUAGAUACUGUGGCCAGAAAAGCAUUGACUUUGCUUUUAUCCAUCUCUGUGCCAGGACUAUAUUUGGUUCUAGUAGCACUGGACAGCAUGGAAUAUGUAAGAACUUUUAGGAAAAAGGAGGACCUUAGGGGCCGUCUCUUUUGGGUGGCUCUUGAUUUACUUGACAUUUUGGAUAUUCAAGCCAACCUGUGGGAGCCUCACAAAACCGGAUUGCCAAUCUGGGCUGAAGGUCUCAUGUUUUUUUACUGCUACAUCCUACUUCUAAUUCUACCUUGUGUCUCGUUGAGUGAAAUCAGCAUGCAAGGAGAACACAUUGCCCCGCAGAAAAUGAUGCUUUAUCCAGUCUUAAGUCUUGUUACAAUCAACAUUGUCACCAUUUUUAUCAGAGCAGUCAAUAUGAUUCUUUUUCAGGACAGUAGAGUUUCGACUAUCUUUAUCGGGAAGAACAUUAUUGCUAUAGCCACAAAGGCCUGCACUUUUCUGGAAUAUAAAAAACAAGUGAAAGAAUUUCCACAAAAUGCCAUUGCUUUAGAACUUCAGCAAAAUUCUAUAUCACAUAAUCAGACGAUUCACAGUACACAGGGGGUUCAUCAUGAGCAGUCACCAUCAAGGGAAAUAAUUGAUACAUGACCACGUAUUUAUCUUUCAGCAUUAACUUUUGUUGGAAAGACAGGCAUACCCAAUGGAAUAUAUUGUUUUGGAGAUCUAGAAAGACGGACCAUGCAGAAAGGGAUGGGCAAAUGCAACAAAAUACAUGUUUACAAUAUAUUUUUCCUACAGAUAUUGGACGAAUUGACAGUAUACUGUAUGAACUUAUUUUAAGCACUGUAUACAUGAUCUUUCCUGAUUAGUCACUUGUGAAUAUGAGAUGUAAGGAAUGUUGUGACAUAGACUGACUGAUUUUAUCACAAUCAAAUCUAAAGGUGUACCGUGAAACAAAAUGAAUAAAGUGUUCCUAUUCCAGUCAUUUGCCUAUCUCUGACUGUAAUGGACUGUUUUCUAAUAGGAAGCAAUCCAAGGCACAAUAUAUGAAAUUUAAAUGAGUGUCCCUUGGCCUCUUACUCUCAGGUAUAACCCCUUUAGCAUUCUACAGGCAUAAUACAACCAAAUUAUUUCAAUGAAGACCUUGGACAAGAACAUCCUAUUUUUUUGUGUAUAUUGUGUCUUUCUCCAUUACACUUCAGUACAGUUGGGAGUACAAAGUUUCAAGAGACACCAGUAAACUACUUAAAGGGAAGCUAUCAUUUUUUUUAUUUGUGUUUUUUAGUAUUAUUUUGAAUUUGUGCCUUGAAAAAUGUUUUAACCUAAAAAGCAGUCUAGUGAAGUGCUAAAAAACAAGUAAUAAGUAUGUGUGUUUAUAAAAAAUAUUUAUAUAAAAAUAGGAAAAAAAAGGUUACUGUGCGGUUUUUAUCUGUUCCUUGCUCUGUAACCUGUGGUGUUUUGUUGCUUUGCUAAUUUUCAUGAAAAGGUGGCAAUGGCUCAAAAAACAUCUGAUGAUUAAUAGAUUUGACAGAACAUGGAAAAAUUCUGGAUAAUUGUGGUGAAAGGAAUUUGAUACAAAUCCCAAUGUUUUGUUUUGGUCACUAGCAAAGUUAUGGCCGCCAAACCCUGUGUAUCUCCGUGCAGUCUUUCCGUAGACCAAAUUUUAAGAUUUGUGGCUUUUAAAAAAACACUCAUAAAAUAUUUACAAAUAAAGAGUAAAACAACUACAAAAUUGUCUGACUGAAAACAUUUCAAUAUUUAGGAUAUUUAUUUCUAAAUUAUUUGAAGGCAAGUUUCACCUUCAGAACAUAGUCUAAAUUUGAAUAGAAACAUUUUUGUAACUUAUAUUUAUUUUAAAUGGAUAGUUGUGACGCUACAGUCCAUAUAAGCUGUGGAUCGCUGCUGCUAAAAGUCUCUCUGCUCCUCUGCUGCCUCUCAGCUAGGAAUUGCCAACCCUGGAAGUCCAUUCCACCCAUUCUUAUUGACACUUUGUACAUACUGUAUGUUUUUAUUUCUCAUAUAUAUUUUAAAACAGUACAUAUUUUUAUAUAUUUUUUUUUACUCAUGCAAAAAUGAAACAUCCAUACUUAAAGGUGUAAAGUUUAAAGGACAAGGAAAGGCAAAAAAAUAAAAUCCCAUUUUUACUUUCUUUAAUGAAAAAUAAACCU